GCUGCCGCGUUGUUUGUUACGAGAACAGCAAUUUUUUUUUUACUCCAAGACAAUAUAAGGAACAAUAAGUAGUGAUAGUGUCUGUGUGUGUGUGUGUUGCAGCAAGCUUGUAAUUGCAAGGAAUGAGGGUUUGAAGUUAUUCAAUAACGGGCUGGGGCUAUCGAAGCGGAAGAGCUCUCGUUUCUACUGCAGCAUGAGAUUCAAUAGAGAACGAAGAUUGCAAAGCGCACAAAAAUACGGGGUGACCAUUUCUAAGCUGCCAUUCCUGUGUCGCUUUUUCAUCCAAAAUUUCUACUUAGUUAUAUCAUUUGUAUCAUACAUCGGUUCUUCACUGCCACUCGCAAGGCUAGGGAAUAAAGUUUCAAUUGUAAUGUUUUCUAUCUCGUUAUCGUUUCCGUCGAAGUAAAAUCACAAAUUGUUCUCGUAUGUAAAAAAAACGCAAGUACACAAAUCUAAAGCUAUCAAUCUUGAUAAUCAAUCCACCCUCACGUAUAAAUCGUAAUACAAGUUUGAAAUUUAUGGAAUGUCCGUGCUCCUUGAUUGAUGUACCAUUCAACUGUAAAAAAAAACGAAAUCUUUUAUCUGUGUUUCGAUCUGCAAAAAAAAAAGUAGCGGCAAGCGGCAAUGGAGGGCGUUGUGACGAACAAUGUAGCAAGAACAUUUGCAACCUGUUGUUCUGGUAGCUCAACAAGCUUUCCGAGAUUCGUCUUGAUGAGGCUUUUGCUUAACUUUGCAAGUGCAUAGUACUUGCUCGUCUUUGACAAGAGGCGAAAAACGACAAUAAGAAGGAGGAGUUCAUCCGGUCAGUAUUUCUAUUUGCCUGAGGAGUUUAUGUUUCGAUUUGAGCAAAAGGACGAAGACGAAAAGCAAAAAAGCAAGACCUGAAUUUUUACGAUAUCGUAACGCUGCCAGGAGGUCGUCGAGAUAAGUAUUUGUGAUGAUCAGCCAGACGAGCAUGAGCAAAAAUGGAGCGCGCUGAGGCAAUGGGUUUCGAGGCUUUUCGCGGCAUGCAGGAGGCGGAUGAAGAUUUGCGUCGGCAAAUACAAGAGCAGCGCAACUGUGUGCGAGAACUGGAGGACGGUCUUCUGUUCCAAAGACAUCGGGCCAGUUUUAAUCGGCCUGAUGCUGGCAGUGAAGUCAAGAAUUGCCGCGACGACGCGGACGACGCCGAGUCACAAGCGGCAGCAAGGAGGUUAUUUUCGCUUUCAGAGGUUGAAUGUGCGGACGACGGGAAGGCCACGAAAAUCAUUCUGAAAGCCCUUCAGCAUUGCGCUGUGGCGGUUUCGCGGGAGCUGACGAUGGAAGAGAUUGAAAACCUGCCUCAUGUGGUCCUGGGAGCUGCCGCAGCUGAGGAUGGCCGUCGGAACCCGAGGUCAGAUGUUACGUCGAGGUCAGAUGUUACGUCGAGGCUGCCCGAGGCAGAGGCAGUGCGUGACUUUCUUUUCCAGCUUCGCAGAUAGCGAGCUGUGCGCGAGCACACUUGGCACUAGUAGUGGGCACAAUCAAAUUGCGUCACUCCACGUUUAAUAUUGCGCAUCUUGAUGUCGGACUUACCUGUAUCAAGUCAUUAUCAGUGCAAUCUGAUGUCAUUAUCAGCAUCUGCAAAAGUUAAUUGGAAAGCCUUAU